AUGCAUACAGACAGAACAACCAUGUCUUCUUCUUCUCCUCCUCCUUGUUCCAAAUCUUACCAAAAUCUAACAAUCAUUUUCAUAUUUGUUGUUUUCUCAUCAUUCCUUUCUUCUUGUUCUAGCUCCUCUAGUUCUAGUACUACCACAACUCCACAUUUCUUAAGUAAUAGUGACAUUCAUCAUCCUCAACAAAAUCAAACUUUCCUCCGGCCGGUUGAUGAGUUGCAGAAACUGAAGAGAAUUAGACAGUAUUUGAAGAAGAUCAACAAACCAGCAGUCAAGGCAAUUCAGGCAAUAAGUCCUGAUGGCGAUGUGAUAGACUGUGUUCCUUCUCAUCUUCAACCUGCUUUUGAUCAUCCUCAGCUAAGAGGGCAGAAGCCAUUGGAACCAUCAGAGAGGCCUAAAGGUCAUGAGUACUUUGGUAAUGCAACAGAGAGCAUUCAAUUAUGGGCUAUUUCUGGUGAAUCCUGCCCAGAAGGAAGCAUACCAAUUAGAAGAACUACAGAGAAAGAUGUCCUGAGAGCUAGCUCCUGGCGCAGAUUUGGUCGGAAAAUUCGAAGAAUGCGCCAUGAUACAAUGAGCAGUGAUCAUGAGCAUGCAGUGGCUUUUGUCAAUGGAGAUCAGUAUUAUGGAGCAAAAGCCAGCAUCAAUGUGUGGACACCCCAAGUAACAAAUGAAUAUGAAUUUAGUCUCUCACAAGUAUGGAUAAUUUCAGGCAGUUUUGGAAAUGAUCUUAACACCAUUGAAGCUGGUUGGCAGGUCAGUCCAGAGCUGUAUGGAGAUAAUUAUCCUAGAUUCUUCACAUAUUGGACAACAGAUGCAUACCAAGCAACUGGAUGCUACAACUUAUUGUGUUCUGGAUUUGUGCAAACUAACAACAGAAUUUCCAUGGGGGCGGCAAUCUCUCCAAGAUCAUCUUACAGUAGUAAACAAUACGAUAUUGGAGUCAUGAUGUGGAAGGACCCUAAGCAUGGACAUUGGUGGCUUGAAUUAGGACCAGGUUUAUUAGUAGGGUACUGGCCUUCAUUCUUAUUUACCCAUCUACAAAGCCAUGCAAGCAUGGUUCAAUUUGGUGGAGAAAUAGUCAACACAGGGUCAUCAAUGGGAUUUCACACAUCCACACAAAUGGGAAGUGGUCAUUUUGCAGAUGAAGGGUUUGGAAAAGCUUCAUACUUCAGGAACUUACAAGUUGUUGAUUGGGACAACAACUUAAUACCCCUGAAUAAUCUUCAUCUCUUGGCUGAUCAUCCUAAUUGUUAUGAUAUCAAAGCAGGAAAAAAUGAUGUUUGGGGGAAUUAUUUUUACUAUGGUGGACCAGGAAGGAACUCAAAGUGUCCCUAA